CUACUGGAAAAAAAAGACAUAAUAAUACAACAACUGCUGCUUAGUUAUAUCUCUACAGCAUAACAAAUAAAAUGGAGAGUGAAAUCAAGAACUUAAUAAAGGUGAAUCUCUCCAUCCUUGCAUCUCUUAUAUAUUGCUAUUUGAUAUCAUCCAAGAUCCCAAAAGGCAGAUUCAGACUUGUUUCUCUUCUCCCAAUCAUCAUCCUUUUCACUCAACUCCCUUUUCUCUUGCUUUACAUUUUUCCAAAAGCCAUCACUUCUUCAUUCAUUUCCUGGUUUGCCAGCUUCAAGCUCGUCCUCUUUGCCUUUGAUCAACCUCCACUUUCAUCUUCUAAUUAUAAAUCCUUAUUUCACUUCAUUUCCUUGGUUCUUUUACCAAUCAAAUUUCAUAAAAAUAAAAACUACCCAUCUCCUCAGAAACCCAAACUCUUUACUCUUGUUUUUCCUGCUAAAGUUUUGUUUUUUGCCCUUUUAGUUACUGUUCUUGAUGAUAAUAAAUAUCGUGCGCAUCAGAGUUUGCUUCUUUUGAUAUUCUGUAUUAUGGCGUAUUUACUUAUAGACAUAUUUAGUGGUGUUUCCAAUGCUCUGGCUUAUGCCAUUUUACACGUGGAGCCAGAAUCAACGUCUGAUAAUCCUUACUUAUCAACGUCAUUGCAAGACUUCUGGGGUAGAAGAUGGAACCUCAUGGUAUCAGAUUUACUGCGUUACACUGUAUACAGACCUCUGAAGUCACGUUUUGCCACGACGGCGUUAGUCGGGCGGGCUACACUGCCGGCCUCAUUGGCUGUUUUCCUAGUAUCUGGUCUGAUGCACGAGCUCUUGUUUUAUCAUAUUACCUGUGCGAGUCCCACGUGGGAAGUCACGUGCUUCUUUCUUUUGCAAGGGCUGUGUAUGGCUGUGGAGAUGCGUGUCAAGAGGUGGCUGAAGAUGAACGGUGGAUGGCAGCUGCAUUGGGCGGUGUCGGGGCCGUUGACGGUUGGAUUUCUGGUGGUUACUGCCAGGUGGUUGUUCUUUCCACCGUUGAUUAGGACCGGCGCCAUCGAUGCUGCCAUCGGAGAGUGUAAAAUGGUGAUUAGUUAUUUGAAACGGAUGAUAAAAUUAUGAAUUUGUACGUAGAUGUACUAGGUGUUAAAUUUUAAUACAUUAUUAUGAUAAUACUGUAAAUUAAAUAUAAUUAAUACAAUAUCCUAUUCAAGUUAUUGUAAUGGCAAAAUACAAUAACAAGCCUCUCAAUUUUCA